GAGAGAACCCUUGCUUUGCUCGCCUUUUAAAUUCACUGCUCCCCUGGGAAUAGAGUAAACUCAGCUCACAUACGCUGUGUGCGCUGCUGUCACAGUGUUUACAUUUAUUUUAUUUUAAUUACGGCACAACCUUGUCGUUUUUUUUUUUUUUUUUAAUCAAGCUUCAGUAUUGUCCAGUACAUAUAAUAUUGCGCCCACGUUUUAUUGAAUAGAUACGAUUUUGAAAGAAAUGGAGGUGCUCCUCCACGAGGAUUUGGCAGCUUUGUCAGAUUUGGAUGAACAAAGUUUGUUGGAAUCCCUGAGUCAACGGUUCAGACAAGAUCGUAUCUAUACCUACAUUGGGGACAUCUUGGUGGCCAUAAAUCCAUUUAAAUACCUUCCUCUGUAUGAGAAAGAGGUAUCAGAGAGCUAUAAGUACCAUGAGAAGACCAAGCUACCUCCUCACAUAUUUGCUGUGGCAGACAGGGCCUACCAGUCCAUGCUGGGACGGUUGGCCACAGGACCCCGAAACCAAUGCAUUGUGAUCAGUGGGGAGAGUGGAGCAGGAAAGACGGAGAGCACCAAGCUGCUGCUCAGACAGAUCAUGGAGCUGUGCAGAGCCAACUCUCAGCUGGAGCAACAGAUAUUACAGGUGAAUCCUCUGCUGGAGGCCUUUGGCAAUGCCCAGACUGUGAUGAAUGACAACAGCAGUCGCUUCGGGAAGUACAUUCAGCUGCGCUUCCACAACUCCUCAGUCAAAGGAGCUAAGAUCAACGAGUACCUCCUGGAGAAGUCUCGUGUGGUCCACCAGGAUGAGGGCGAGAGGAACUUCCAUAUCUUCUACUGCAUGCUGGCGGGCAUCUCCCCGGAGGACAAAGACAUGUAUGGCCUCCUGAACCCCACGCAGUACAGGUAUCUGAAUGGGCGGUAUGGCUCCGAGGACAUAGUAAGGAAAUGGGGGGAGAAGUACAGUGAGGUGUGUAACGCCAUGGACAUGGUGGGAUUUGAGGAACAGGAGAAGGUAGACAUGAUGACUAUUCUAGCAGGGAUCCUUUCUCUGGGAAACAUCAUGUUUGAGCCCACAGAGACCGACGCUCUCAGAGUCACCGACAAGUCCAUGGGCUGGCUCAAAGCCACAGCCGGUCAGUUUGGGGUGCAGGAGGAGGAGUUGCUGAGGAGUCUGACCUGUACUCUGUCUGUAAUGAGAGGAGAGGCCAUCCGCAGGCUGCACAACCAACAGCAGGCUGAGGAUGCCAGGGACUCCAUCGCCAAAGUGGCUUACGGGAGAGUAUUCGGCUGGAUCGUCAGUAAAGUUAACGAACUGCUGGCUCCCAACGUUGACUUUGACGUUGAGCUCAGUGAAAUAGGUAUCCUCGACAUCUUCGGGUUUGAGAAUUUUGCUGUUAACCGUUUUGAGCAGCUCUGCAUCAACCUGGCCAAUGAACAGCUGCAGUACUUCUUUAACCAUCACAUCUUUCUGAUGGAGCAGAAUGAAUACAAGGAGGAGGGCAUCGAGUGGGAAUCCAUUUCCUUCAAAGACAACAAGCCUAUCCUGGACCUGUUCCUCACUAAACCCAUUGGAAUCCUUUCUCUCCUGGACGAGCAGAGUGCCUUUCCCCAGGCGUCAGACAGAGACUUUGUGGACAAGUUGAACAGUAAAUUUAAAAGCAGCCCCCACUAUGAGGUGGUCCGGAGUCACAGCCCCCUCUUCACUGUGGUUCACUAUGCUGGGAAGGUCCAGUAUAAUGGACUAGGCUUUCUAGAGAAGAACAGAGACACCAUCCCAGCCAGCAUCAGAAGCCUCUUCAUUAACAGUGUCACGCCCCUACUCAGUCUCCUCUUCGCAGCCACAAUCUCCAGAACAGGCACAUUGAUGCCACGCAAAGCCAAGCUCAUGCAAAAGGCGGAUGACAACUUUAACUCAACUAGGAAACAGUCGGUCGGGGCCCAGUUUAAGCACUCUCUGGCUGUGCUGAUGGAGAAGAUGUUUGUUGCCAGUCCUCACUUUGUCCGCUGCAUCAAACCUAACGGCAGAAAGCUUCCUGAUCAGGUGGACAACAAAAUAGUCAUGGACCAGCUAAGAUACAACGGCCUGCUAGAAACCAUCAGGAUACGAAGAGAUGGCUUCUCCUGGCGACCGUCGUUCAAAGAAUUUGCUCAGAGGUUCAACAUUCUGCUGAUCAAGCCAGAUUUACCACUAACCAAGGAAAGCUGCAUGUCCAUCCUCAACACUACUGAGAUACAUGGCUGGAAGUGUGGCUCGUCUCGUAUGUUCUUUAAGUAUUGGCACCAGGAGGAGUUGGCCAGGCUGUUAGAGAGACUUGGCAAGGCAGCACUUGUCAUCCAGAAAGACUACCGUUCACUGCGCUGCAGGAGGAAGUACCUGUCCUUGCUGGUGGAAGUGCACAGACAGAGGCAGGCCCAGAGAGAGAGGGCAGAGAGAGAAGCCAGGGAGGAGAAGAGGAGGGAGCAGGAGCUGGAGGAGGAGAUGAGGAGGCGACUGGACAUGGAGCAGGAGAACAAGAGGCCAUUCUCUCCACCUGUGCCCCUACCCAGGAAAAAGAAGCCACAGCCCCAGCCUCGCUCUACCCUGCCCACUGCUACCCUGCCCACUGCUACCCACCUGGCUCCUGUCCCACGGCCCCGCAGCAAACAGUUUGAGGCCACUCCCUUUGACAACCUGGAGGUGCAUAUUGAACUGGCUGAGCUGGUGGGCCAGGUAGGGGGAGAGGAGCGAGCUAGGGAGAGGAGCAAGAAGAGGAAGAACACCAUCCGCUGGUUCAAGGAGACGCAGGCCCGCAAGGUGGUCCACAAUGGAGCCUUCCCCUGCUGGUUCCAUGGCAUGAUUACACGCAGACAAGCAGAGGAUUUGAUGAAGGACAAGCCUGUGGGCUGUUUUCUGAUUCGUGUGGGACAGAGCCGGGAGGGCUACACACUAACAUAUAAGGGGGCGAACCGCUCCAGGCACUUUAUGAUUGAGAUGCAGUCCAACGGGAAGUAUGUGAUCCUGGGGGAGGAUAAAGCCCACCCCUCCCUGCCUGAUCUGGUGCAACACCACAGCCAGGUGGGCAUCAAGCCCUUCAACGAGCUGCUCAGCACGCCCUGUGGACAGACAUGUGACCAGAACACAGACUACGAGGACUUGAAGGGCCUGGACCUCCUGGCUACAGCCAACCACAGGAGCCCCAAGUCUGGGGAGGAGGGUGAGUCCACCCCCGACCCUGUCCACCUGGAGCUCCAGCGGCUCUUCCUGCCCCCGGGGCAGGGCCCCAGCUUGGAGUCCCAGAGACCACCUGUCCUCAGGCGGAUAUCUGACCGAAGACACCGGGCCGUGGCUGGAGGAGGGGAGGCCCGCGGAGGGAGUAGAGGGGAGAGAGGAGAGGAGGAGGAAGAAGAGGAGGACGAGACUGACCACAAGAGCAGGUCAUUCCCCCGGUUGUAUCCUUCCAUCCGAUUGGCUAUGAGGGAGAUCCAACAGCAUUUUCCAGAUGGCCAGGAUCAGAGCCCCUCUAUCUCUCACAGUACCACCAGCCCCUCCUGGAGGAGGACCGAUUCAUAACCCAUGGGAUGGAGGGAGUUAAUGCUAUUUGUUGUUUUCCCCCAACUGAAUGAGUUAACUGGACCAUAUUCUGUCUAAGCUUUAUCCAUGAACAAAUUGUAAGGAGAUGCAUCCUUGUUUACUAGUAUUUUAUUUUGUAACGAUUGAAAUUGAUGUGUGUUAAGGGGUUUUAUGUUUCUGAUUGUAUUGUUGUUUAUGUUUAUUUAAAUGUAAAUUAUGCAGUGGGAAUGUUUACAUUCUGUGAUUUACUGAAUAUUUUUAUUUGUUUACAUUUUAGAUAUCUGGUUGUCCUCAAGUUAGUUUUUUCCCCCAUGAUAAUAAAAUCUGCAUGAAAAUGCUUCGGUGUUAACACAUCAUGGCUCUCUUUCACUUCAGUCAUCAGUGAGUUUUUUUUACUGUUAAAGAAUCAGCCAAUAGGCACGCAGACCUGUAGAGAGGAGUGGUUUUGUUUUUUUAGCUGAUAUAUUUCCAUCCAGUGACCACAUUCAGAGUAGUAGACGGAUCACAACAGGCAAACAGGAGUCUGACACUGUGACAUAGAUCUAAAUCAACCAAAUUAGACAGUGGCAUAUAUCUAAUCAACCAGAUACUGUAGGACUCCAAAUCUCCUUGAUGGAUCUCAGGGUUCUGGCUUUUGUGCUGUGUGUCACCAUAUACUCCAUCCAAGGAGCCAUCCCAAAAUGUUGUGUUGGGACAUCCAGGAACAUUCCUUUGAGCAUACUAAUGCGAGUGGAGCGAUAUGAGGUCCAACAUAACCAUGGUGCAUGUGAGAUCGACGCUGUUGUAUUACAUGCCAAUGGGAGGAAGUACUGUGCAGACCCAAGAGUGAAGAAGGUCCUGGGUGUUGCCAUGCAGAUUAGGAAAGCUCAACUGAUGCGGGAAAAACUGAACUCAAUCAUGAAAAGAUGAGGAUAUAGAUCCUGCCAGUUCCCGACAGUGGAGUCACCAUGACAACUUUGAUUAAUGUGUUUUAAAUUCAAGUCUUUUUGUUCUGUUUACACAAAAAAUAUUUUAUAAUGUUCAUAUUUCACAGAAGUAUGACUGAUUUGAAUCAUUAAUAAAUUAACUGUGAUUUUCAAUUAACCCUAAUUAACUUUUGCUUUAUUAGCCAACUCAAAUGUGGUGAGUGACCAGCAAUAACAACUCAAAAUUGGUGAGGCUGAACAAAAUGCACAUGGAUAGAUUAAACAGCUUGUUGAACCUCCGAUCAGUGAAUUACUUCCUCUUCAACAUACAGUCCGUUUAGUGAUUAAAUGAGUCAGGUUGGUGAUCUGAUCGAGGGUUUCCACUCAAGCAGCGUACUUUGUGUUAAUUAAUUACUCUCUAGAAGGCCCUGCAUUCCACGAAACAUUGAUUAUUGCGUUUACCCAUGAAAUUAUUGGGAGCAUAUAGAGUAUAUGUGACUUAUUUGGCUAUUUCUUUUAACCAUAUGGGUUACACCCCAGUGAAAUAUGAGAAAUGAAGUAUUAAAACAAUGGAAAGGAUUUGAAUGCAUAAUUUUUUUUAAAUAAUAAGUCUUACACGUUCUUGUUGAUGGAACGUUUUGAAGCGAUUCCGCAAGCCUUUGCUGACAGCAGACGACAUCCUGAAAAAUAGUGUUUGUGCUUCUCCUCGGGUUUAGAACGAGGACUCUACUCAAGUGUAAAUGUGACAGACGGGAGAGAAAGGUGAUAUGAAUAUCAGCGGACCUACAUAGUUUGUGUUCAUCAAACGUGUUGGAUUUGACAUUUUGAACAUUGAGAUAUUAAAGACAUGAUAGAUCAGACGCAUAUUAUAUUAAGGAGUGACAUCCGUAGAAAGACGGAGUGGCUUUGGAAUGUGUUGGGGGAUGGGAGGAGAGCACCGUGUUGAUACAGGAAAGACAGACAUCUGUGGAUUAGGUAAGGUCAGGAGGUGAGGUUAGAUCCCUUUAAGGGAGUAAUAAGGGUUUGGUAUCCUGUUACCCUUUUCUUGUUGAACCAUAAGAUGUAAGGAUUGGAGAGAAGGAGGAGUGUCUUAAGUGGGAUGUAUAUAACUGUGAUGUACCGAACCUUUGGGCAGAAUUAAACUUGAUUAAAAAGCUU